AUGGCAUUACGAAGACGUCAACGAGGGAGCUCCAAGCUCGAGGAGCUGCUACCAACUCUCGUGACAGUCAAGGGCCACCACGAGUUCAAACUCGUUACUGCUAGCGGCAAGACCGCCGUCAAACCAGAAUCGACCGAGAAAACAUUAUGCGCUCCACGACCAAAGUUUACUACACCAUCCCACAGACAGCAGCCUCCUCCGACAAACCCACAUGGGUGCCCUCGCAGAAACCACACCGGACCGUUCCGCUUCCUGGAGCUCCCUCAAGAAAUCAGAGACGAAGUCUACUCAUACCUAGUCGUUCGCCAAACCCCCCACUCACCCCCCAUUCUCGACGCAACCACCAUUCUCAAAAACCGCAAGAAACGCCUCCAAGCACGCAAAACCAGGGAACGCCUCAACCAGCAACGCCUCUUAGAAGGAAAACGCCCAUCAUGUCCACACUCAACAACAACAACAUCAACAAAUCAUCCGGAUCCCAUCUUACAUGUCGACCUCCUCCGGACCUCGCAAAAGUUGGCGGAUGAAGCCACAGACUGCAUGUACUCGAAAAACGUCUUCGCAAUCUCCCUCGACAAACUGCCCCUCACAUCCUUCGACACACCCCCGGGUUGGGACCUCUCUCGCAUCAAACGCCUCCAAAUCGAACUGCAGCUCAAAGACGCCAUCCGCAUGAACCGCUACGUCGACUGGUCUUCUUUCUUCUCUUCCUUUCCCUCACUCCAGUUCUUGCGUGUGGUGCCGACGCUGCAUCCCCGCUACUACGAGUGGUCGCGCUGCGAGUUUACGGAGUGGGGAAGUAAGGAGACGCCUUUUGUGCACAAGGCGUUUUUUAGGGAGUUGCUGGUGGCGAUUCCGCAGUAUGUGGAUUUGAAAAUGGGACUGCCGAGGGAUGUGGCGGCGGGCGUGCAAGAGGUACAGGUGCAGGGGAAGUUGGGGAUCGACGAGAAGUUUCUGUGGGAUAUGUAUUUGGAGUUGGGGAAUAGGGUGGGUGUGACGGGGAAGCCGCUUGCGGUGAGUAGAGUUGUGUGUUGAGUGAUGUAUGGGUUUUACGGUCGAUUCACAUUUUGCAUACGUUAUACGGUGUUUUUUUUUCGUCUUCCUGUCAGUCAUGUCGAUUUUUGUCUUGCAUUGUUUAGCGAGCUGGUUUUGGAUUUCUCUGUCUAUUUCUCUUUCCUUCCCUCUCUCUCUCUCUCUCUGUCUCUCUCUAUCUCAAAAGCAAGUGGCGGGCCCUAGGUGUGUAAAACGGCCGGCCGCAUAAUCGCAAAAGGCGGCUUAACGAUUUCAAGCAUAC